UCAUCCAUUUGCUUAUGGUAGCAAGCUGUAAAAAAGGCAAUUGUUUUCAUUAAACCAGAGAAAAACAGCAUUUUCAUUUUCAUAUUCAUUUGCUCUCAGCCAAAUAAGUUAUCAAGAGAGAAUUCAUUUACUGAAAAAGAAGAAGAAGAAGAUAUGGCAGAGGCUGUUGUUUCCUUUGUGACUGAAAGGAUUGGAGACUUGUUACUUGGUGAAGCUAAAUUCUUGUCUGGAGUCGAAGGCCAAGUGGAGAAUGCGAAGAUCAAGCUGGAGUUCAUAAGCUGCUUCUUAAGAGAUGCUGAUGCUCAAGGAAGAGAUGGCAACGAGACAGUGAGCCUUUGGGUUGCCAAAGUCAGAGAUACUUCUUAUGCUUUGGAGGAUGUUAUUGAAACUUACGUCUUGAAAGUGGCUUUGAAGAGGAACACAGGUGUGAUAAGUGUACUGAAAAGGUCUGUUUGCAUCUUCAAGAAAGGAAUUGAUGUCCAUAAAGUUGGAUUAAAUAUUGAGAAGAUCUCAUCUACCAUAGCUGAUUUGAAGUCGAAUCUUCAAACAUUUGGCCUAAGGGAAUCAACGGCCAAGGAAGGUGAAACUUCAUCAAACAACGCCCAACUGCAAAGAGAGCUGAGGAAGGCUUAUUCUCAUGUUGUGGAGCGUCAUGUUGUUGGAUUCGACAAAGACAUCAAAAAAUUGGUAGCCCUUUUGACUGUGAAGGAGAAUUCUGAUAAGCCCAGGGUGAUCGCUAUCUGUGGGAUCGGUGGUUUGGGGAAGACCACUCUUGCAAGAAAGGUUUAUCACCAUCCUGAUGUUAGGGAACAUUUUGAUUGUUUUGCUUGGACCUCAAUAUCUCAACAAUGUGCAGUACGACAAGUAUGGGAAGAGAUUUUCUUUGGUUUGACUUCUCCCACGCAAGAAAAAAGAGAUGGAAUCAAAAAGAUGGCGGAGAAAGAAGUAGCAAAGGAGCUUUACAACCUUCAAAAACAAAGGAAAUGUUUGAUACUCCUCGAUGAUAUUUGGACCACUUCAACCUGGGAUCGUCUAAGACCUGCUUUCCCUCAAGAUGAAACCGACAGCCAGAUUUUACUCACUACUCGAAUAAAGUCUGUAGCUUUGCAUGCGGAUCAAAAUGGUUACAUCCACGAACCUGAGUGUCUCAACGAGAACGAGAGCUGGGAGCUAUUUCAUAAAAAAUCUUCAUGUUUUGGAGAGGAUCCAACAGAUAAUGAAAGAAUGGAAGCACUAGGGCGAGAGAUGCUUAGACAUUGCUCUGGAUUGCCAUUAGCCAUCAUUGUCCUCGGUGGGCUUCUAUCUACGAAACACACAGUUAAUGAGUGGGAGGAGAUGAGAAGAAAUGUGAUGAGAUACAUAAUUAAUGGCAGAGAGCAUGGUAACUCAGAAUACAAUAGUGUCUCAUGGGUUUUAGGUUUGAGUUACGAUGAGUUGCCAUUUUACUUAAAGCCUUGUUUUCUCUAUCUGGCUCGUUACCCUGAGGAUGCCAUGAUACGAGUAAAAGAAUUGUGUCUUAUGCUCAUAGCAGAAGGUUUUAUAUCCUCAAGAAGACAUUCAACGGAAACUUUAGAAGACGUGGCAUAUGAUUACUUAAGUGAGUUGGUGGAGAAGAGCAUGAUUCAGGUAGAAAAUUGGAGUUUAACAAAAAGAAUAAAAACAUUUCGUAUCCAUGAUCUUAUGCGAGAAUUCUGCAUGUCUAAAGCUCAAGAUGAGAAUUUUCUACGUUUUAUCGAUUUGAGGAAUAAUAAGGAAGAGCAACUAAAAUCUGAUUCUACUGUGGCAAGGAGAUUCGCCAUUUAUUUUGAUAAUGAUCGUGUGGGCGAUGUUAUUAGUUUUGUUAAACAUUAUAAGGGUUCGGCUAGGUGCCUUAUUGUUGAUAUUGACACCGAAAAACAAGUGUUGAGACACAUGUUCAAUAGUUUUUCCAAGCUCAGAGUUUUAAAUCUAUGUUUUUCAGGGUCUAGCGUUUGGGGAAUAAGCUUGCCUAAAGAAAUUGGAAGGCUAAUUCACCUAAGGUAUUUUAGUAUUAGUCCCAACAGUAUUAGAAUGCCAAACAUCCCAUCUUCUAUUGGCAAUUUGAGAUGCCUACAAACUUUAAAAAUACCAUUGUCUUCUCAUGAAGUACCAAAUGUAAUAUGGAAGUUGGAACAACUUAGACAUUUAGACUUGUACGUUAAUGAGAGGCUUGCUCUACUCGGUUCAUUUUAUGGAUGGUCGAAGAUAUUGAGGUUACCUAACAUUACAAAUUUACAAACAUUGGGAGGGAUUUCAAGUGACUGCUUUGAUUGUAAUGAUUUUCUAAAGUUGAGGAAUCUCAAGAAAUUAAAGAUUAGCAGGGGUGAAAAUUUGGGGAGCAUUUACAGCGACCCCCCAACUGUCACGUUUGAUUGUCUUCGGCAUUUACAGAUAUUUGCUACUCCAAGGAAAUUUUAUCCUGAAUGUGAUUUUAUAGAUAUUGUUCCUAUGAUAUUAAGCUACCCUCGAAUUUAUAAGCUUAAACUGUACUUGCCCAUUGUAAAACUGCCAGAACACAGCCAAUUCUCCCCAAACCUUGUCAAGUUACAGUUAAGGUGGAAUUUUCUUAAGCAUGAUCCAAUGCCAAUCCUAGAAAAGCUCUCCAGUUUAAGAGACCUUUCAUUAUAUAAAUGUAGUUUUGUGGGGAAUGAGAUGGUGUGCUCCAAAGGAGGUUUCCCUCGAUUGGAAUCUCUUCAGUUUAGUGAUCUUUACAAGUUAGAAGAGUGGAAGGUGGAGGAAGGGGCCUUGUCUAGUCUUCGCUCUUUGGAGAUUACAAGUUGUGGAUUGAGGAGAGUUCCGGAUGGAUUAAGAUACACUACUGCGCUUGAGGAAAUGAAGAUCACAUCUAUGCCUAGGGAAUUUAAAGAAAGGUUGGAGGAAGGAGGAGAGGAUUUCUACAAAGUCCACCACGUCCAAUCCCGUCUAUUUAGCUACUGUAAUCAUAACGAAUCCCAUUGUAAGUUCCUGAACCUGUUGAACGAAGGGCCAUAAACAGUGGCAGCAGCUAUUGCCACUACAAUGCCACCAACCAAUCCCUGUUGUUUAAGGUUCAUCCAAUGAAUCCAGUUGGUGAAUUUAGUUGGCCAGGCUUUGAACCCAAUCCAACUAUAAAUCCUGGCAGUAACGAGCUGAGACAGAGGACAAUCAAAAAAUAAAUGAUCAUGAGAUUCCUGCACCAUCUCACAAACAGGGCACAGCAAAGAGGGAAUCCUGGCACAGCAAAGCAGGCCAAUCUUAUUCAAGGUUGUUGGGCUGGAUUUAGUGGAUGAUGAAAGAAAGCCUGAAAGAACCUUUGCCCACUCCAGAUCAGUGAACCAAUGCCUUCAAUCCUGCCUUUUCUUACUAUUUGUAUUACUGUUAUGAAAAUCUCUACAAAUUAAACAAGAAUGGUACAAGCCAGGUUGCUGUCUGGAGUACCCUCUUCAUGGAAGUGGCUGGGUUAUUGUUGAAGUAAUAUCACUAAGCUUUAUUGAAACCAACAACUCAUUCUAACAUUUGGACUAAAUUAACAUUUUAUGCUGCAGUGUAUUCGUGCCAAAAAAGUUGUUGUUAGCAAUGCAUCAAUGUGGGAUACUCUAAAACUAUUACCAAGUGAUGUUGUUCCAUAGUCAUAUGUAGUCGUGUCAACACAGCUCCACAGUGCAAAUCAUUCAUUCAUCUCCAUUUGAGCUUUGAGGUAGAGGUGGAAUGUGAUAUAACAGGCAGUGAAAUAAAAUGAUGGAAUAUAAUACAAUUCGGUGUUGUUUUCAGCAUAAUUUAUUACACGCUUAUCUACCAGAGACCGAAACUUAUGAACUCUGAAAUGGACUAGACCGUCUAAGCGCCGAAUAAAAAAUCUGAAGUUCCAAAGAUCAUAGGUACAUAAAUGGAGGUUGGUUGUGAGGGUUUGAAGGUACCAUUCUCGUCCAAUGAAACGACAACUACUAUGGAUUACGACGGCCGCGGCGGUGGAUUAGCAGUGUUUAGAAGCCGGUGUAGUAGUAUUGGUGAGGAUGUGUUGGAAAAAGUUGGUGAUUGGCUAUUCAUCGAAGGAACUUUCCUCCUCUCUAUCAGUAUCGUCUUGUUUUAUUGCUCAGUUUUAAGUUUUUUCUAUAAGUUUUUUGUUUUAUGUUUUUUUAUUAAAACUAGAGACUCUGCCAUGUAUAGGCUCUUCUAGGUGAUCUAAUGAGAUUAAUAUUUGGCUGAAGCAAGCUCCAUCUUUUUGUUUUUAUUAUUAAUUAUUUUUUUAUUUUAAAAAAAGAACACUUGAAAUUAAUUAUAUAACUUUAUUCUAAUUUAUAAUAUAUUUGUUAAAAAAAUUCAUU